AUGGUAGCGAACCUCACGGAGCCCUUGCGGCCGCUCAUGCUGCAAGGCUCCAUGUUCAAAGGGCUGCGAGGACGCGUCAAGGAGAAGUUCGAGUUCCGCUUUAGGUUCCACGCCACUCGUAUCCCCCUGUCAGGUUACGACCAGCUGUGCGUGUCGGUGAUAUCGUGCGACUCGGGGCGCACAGAGGCGCAGACGACCAAGUCGGCGGUGCGCAACGGCAUAUGCCAGUGGCCCGAGACGGUCACGCAUGUCGUCAAGAUCGCGCGCAACCCCAAGACCAAGGCGUACGAGCCCAAGGCGUACCGCUUCGUCGUCUCCACCGGCGGCACGUGGGGCACGGUGUUGGGCGAGGCGACGUUGAAUCUCGUGGACUUUAUCAAGUACCGCCAGCUCGACCAGCGCGCGCUUCCGCUUGCCGCCGGCUCCGUCCUCCACGCUACGUUGCAAAGCUUCCCGCUAGACCCGCGUGAGGAGGAAGAGACGGCAGACGAGCAAACCCCGGCCGGCAGCACGCAGGCGGAGGGGGACGAAGGCGACUAUAGCUAUGACGAUGAGUACUAUGGCGAGGACGCGGAACCCGCAGGUGACAGCGCGCGCAAGGCGGAGCCUGCAGUGCCCGCGCCCCAAGGGGAAGGUGCGGAGAAAGAAGCGGGCGCGGAGCAGCCCAGCGCCGCGCAGCAGUGCGCUGUGCAGCCCAUUGCCGCGCAGCCGAGCGCCGCGCCACCGGCGGAAGAGCUUGCGGAGGCGGCGGCUGGCGGAAGCAGCAGCAGCGCCGAUGCAGGCGCGGUUGACCCCGCGCCAGCGGCGGCAGAAGCGGAACCUUCCGACAGCGCGGUUGAGGCGCAACAGCAGGCGGCGGUGGCGGACAAGGAGGCGGUGUCGUCUUGCGGCGCGACUGAGGGGAGCUGCGCGGAGAGUGCAGAGGGCGCCAGCCUCCCCGAUCAUCGCCCCAAGGCGCGUAGCAAGCCCACCGACACCACCGAUACUUCCGCCACGGCGCCUGCUCCAACCGCUCCCGCCCCUGCCAGCAGCAGCAGCAGCGGCGGUGGCAGCGGCGGCGGCGUCGUCGCCACGGCCUCUGCUGCCGGCGCAGCCGCCGCGAAGCUCUUCCGCCGCUCCGCGUCCCUCAUGGAGGGGGUUGGCGCGGGGAAGGGUGCGUCCUCCCCCGCCGCGACGGGCGCCAUAUGCGCUACCGCGGGAGGUGAGAGCAGCACAAAGGCGGCGGAAACCGCCGGCGACCCCGCAAAGGGAGACGCGGGGGACGCCCCAGCUCCUGCUGCCGCUGCCGGCGCUGCUGGCGCGGCCGGGAUCGCUAGCCCUGCCAUGAGCGCGUCCCCCGCUCUUGCGCCCAUGAAAUCCCCCCCCUCCGCCCGCACCCGCUCCGGCUUCUUCUCCUUCGAUCGAUCACCCGCCACCUCCGCAGCCGCCAGGGGCUCCCCUGCCGCCGGCUCUCUCCCUCCGCCCAUCGCGCUCCCCGCUGCCGCUUCCCCCGCGCCCGCGAGCACCAAGGGCGCGGAGCCUUCCGCGGGGAAGGCAGAGAGCACACUGGGGGAGGACGAGGAGCUUCCGCCGCUAGUGUCGUUCUCGGGGGAGCUCCGCCGGCCGCCGAACCCCGCGCUGGUGGGGGACCCGUAUCACCGCAGCGUGGCGAGCGGACCCAUGGAGGUGGGCGGAGGCGGAAGGUUCAUUCCGGGCGCGGGGUACCCCGCGCACCCUGCCGCAGGCGGACUUCACGACAGCAUCAGCGCGGGGAACCUCGGGGCGGCGCACAAGGACCGAUCCCCGGGACUCAAACCCGCGGGAAUGCGCGGAGUCGGGCUGAAGCUCUUCCCCCCAUCCUCCCCCAAUCUCCCUCCGCUUCCCGCCAGCGCCAUGUCUCCCACUUCCUGCCUGCUCUCCGCCUCCUCUACUGCGCCGGAACCUUCCGCGGGGCUCCCAGCAACCCUGGGCGGCGCAGCAGAAGGUGGUACGGGGGGGCGCUUCGGCGCGUUCCGGACCCCGCUCCGCAGUCUCAGCGGCGGAGUGGGGAACGACGGCGCGAACCCGCUGCGCCACUCCAUGUCGGACGUUCUCAUUGAGGCCACCCGCGCGGGCGUGGGCGGACCCGGCGGAAAAGGCGCAACUGCGGCGGGGGGAGCGGGAGCGGGAGGGCUGCACGAAAGCGGAAUUAGCGUCAGCGCAUCCACCUCCGCGCUUUUCCUCCCCGGAACCGGCAUUCGACCCGGCUUUGCUGCGGCGCUCGGCGGCGGGCCUUCUGCGGCCUUGGCUCCGCCGGCUGCGCUGGCGGCGCGGGAGCGCGGAAGGAGCAGCAGCGGCGGCGGGGCCGGAGAGCUGCAGGCGGACCUGGUCGCGGCGGAGGCGGCGAUCGAGGGGCUUCAGCGCGACUGCACGGCGCAGCAGCAGACCUCGCGCGCGUUGCUCCGCGAGGUGGAGGCGCUGCGCGCGCAGCUGGCGGAGUCGCUGGUGGCGGACCGUGCGGCGGAGGCGCAGUUGGCGGCGCUGAUGAGCGAGCGCGACUCGCUGGCGAAGCAGGUGGCGAUCCUGAAGGUGGCGCAGAGCGAGGCGGAGGCGGUGGCGGGAGGCGCGGGGGUCGGCGGAGGCACGUCGGUGCUGAUGGUGAUGCGCGAUCUGGAGUACCACACGGAGCUGAACGCGCAACUCAGAUCGGAAGUGGAAAUGCUCUCGUCCGCCAAUGAGGAGCUGGCCAAGGCGCUGCAGCGCGCGGAAGCGGACGCGGACAAGUACCGGCGGGACGCGCAGGACCUGUACGAGCGCGAGCAGGCGCGCGAGCAGGCGGGCAAGCGCGCGCAGCGGCAGACGGACGAGCGCGAGGCGGAGUGGCGCGAGCGCAUGCGCAAGCUGGAGGCGGACUGGCGCGAGCGCAUGCGCAAGGCGGUCGACGCGCACAACCAGCUCGAGGCGCGCCUCGCGCAGCUGGAGGGCGACUGGCGGGCGGAUUCGUUGAGGGGCGGCGGACGGAGCACCGUGGAGGGGCCAGCGGAAACGGGAAGAGGGGCGGGUGGCGGGGAGGAGGGUGGAGAAGCAGCGACGGGCGCGGAAGGGGCUGCGGCGGCUGCAGCUGGCGGAUGCGCCGGUGCGGAUGGUGGUGAUGGCGCUGCUGCCACCGCGACGCGCUCCCCAGGCCUCUCCCCUCCUGCGUCUGCUGCCGCGACUUCCUGCGGCAGUACCACUCCCACUCCUCUCAUCACUACUAGCGCAUUCUGCGGCCCGCCGUUGCCGCUCCCUCCGGCCGCGGCGGCGGCGGAGUGCGAGUCGAGCCGCGUGGAGCAGCUGCAGCGGAAGCUGGCGGAGGCGGAGAAGGAGGCGCAGGAGCUGACGGCGGAAAGCCUGGAGCUCGCGGCGAGUUUGACGGCCGCGAAGCGCGACGCGGAGGGCAAGGAGGCGCGAAUUAAGGAGCUGGAGGGCGCGAUGGAGGAAAUUAUCCGCGCCACGGGGGUGGAACCCGCGGAACCGGCGGAAACGGCGGAACCGGCGGAGUCAGCGGACGUCGCGGAGGCAGGGGGCUUGGGGAGCAAUGGCGCUGGCUCUGGUGCUAGUGCUGGUGCGGAUGGGGGAAGGAAGCUAGGCGGGGGCGGGCUGGUGGGCAAGUGGAAGGAGCUGCGCGCGAAGAAGCAGCAGCGGGAGCAGGAGAGCAUUGCGCGGCUCAAUGCGCACGUGGCUGAGCUCAGCGAUGAGCUGGACAAGCGCAAGGCCGACGUCAUCAACGCGUCUGCUGAGGUGGAGCGGCUGCGCGGAUGCCUGGCGGCUGCGGAAGCGUCCGCCGCGAAGGUGGCGGCGGAGGCGGAGGAGGAGGCGGCGGCGCUGCGGGCGGAAGCCGCUAGGAUGCAGCGGGAGGCGGAGAGGGCGGCGGAGCAGCGCGCGGAGCUGGAGAGCGAGGUGGCGGCGCGGGGGAGCCAGCUCGCGGCGCUGCAGAGGCGGUGCGAGGCGGCGGAUGAGGAGCGGCAGCAGCUGGCGGUGCGCAUGGCGGAGGAGGUGAGCAUGCGGGAGCGCGCGGAGGAGUCGGCGGCAUCGCUAGCGGCGCAGCUGCACCUGCUGGCGGAAGAAGCGGAGGAGGCGGAGGAGGCGGCGGAAGCAGUGGCCGUGGCGACUACAGUCGCCGUCGCGGCAGCGAACCCGGCGGAUUCUUCCGGAGCAGCAGCAGCAGGAGGAGCGAGCGCAGCGGGUAAGACGGCGCUGCCCAAGGGGCUAGUAGGCGCGGCGAAGAAGUUCAAAGGGCAGGUAGAUGCGGCGGUGCGCGUGGAGGAGCUGGAGCUGCAGCUCGCGUCGCUGCGCGAGCUGCUGCAGGAGGCGACGGCGGCGCAAGUCAAGGCAACGCGCGAGUCGGCCACGGAAGGCGCGCGCAGCAAGGAGGUGGAGCAGCUGCAGGAGGAGGUGGCGGUGUGGCGCGUGCGCGCGGAGGGGCUCGAGCGCGAUCUUUGCGUGCUCGAGACGGAGAAGCGCGCUCGCGAGGGGCGGAUUUCGGAGCUGGGGCGCGAGGCGGGGGAGGCGCGCAUGCGCGCCAAGGCGGCGGAGGAGGAAAUGGGGCGGCUGGCGGCGCGCGUGAGCAUCGCGACGGCGCGCGCGGCGGCGCAGGAGGUGGAGGUGCGGGAGAGCCGCGAGAGCAAGGCGGCAGCGGCGGGGAUGGUGCAGGAGCUCGAGGAGGCGCUGCGCCGCGCGGGCAGCGAGCGGGCGCGCGCGGACGCGGAGCUGGCGGAAGCAGUCGCCGCGAGGGCCGCGCUGGAGCAGCAGAUCACGGCGCUGGAGGCGCGCGUAGCGGAGCUGAACGUGGCCGCGGAGGGCCGCGGGCGCAGCGCGGCGGACGCGGCGGCGGUGGUGGCGGAGGCGCAGCGCGACGCGGAGCUGGAGCGCGAGGGCAGGCGCGCGGCGGAGGAGAAGGCGGCGGCCAUGGAGGCCCUCCGCGGACGCCUGCAGGAAACAGUGCGGCGCGAGGAGGAGCUGCGGCAGGCAGCCGCGGACCGCGCGGAAAUGCUAGAAGGCGAGUUGCGCAGCGUGCGCGAGCGCGCAGCGCGCGAGGCGGGGGAGAUGCGCGACAUGGAAAGGAAGCUGUUCCAGCGACUGGAGCAGGUCCUAGCGGAGAAGGAAGAAGGCGUGGUGAGAGUGACGCGCCUGGAAGAGGCAGUCAAGAGGGAGCGCGCGGAGAAAGAGGUGGCGACGGAGCAGCUUCAGACGGAGGUGCUGGUGCUGAAGGAGCAGCUGCAGGCGCUGCUGAGCGGGCGCAGCGGGAUCGAGCGCACGGCGGCGGCGCUGGCGGAGGAGCAGGCGGCGCGCGUGGCGCUGGAGGGGCGGCUGCGCGCCGCGGAGGCGGGCGCGGCGGCGGCGGAGGCGCGGUGGGAAGCGGAGAUGCGGGAGCUGGAGGGAAAAGUGCAGAGCCUGCAGGCGGAGCGCACCCAGUGGCGCGCGCGCGAGGUGGGUCUUGCAGCAGAGCUGGAAGUAGCCCGUGGGGAAGCGGUGCUCCUACAGGAACUCUCCUUCGAGGUGCAGCGGUUGAAGGAGGAGAAGGCGGCGAUUGAGAAUCUGCUGGGGGAGGCGCGGGGCGUGAAUGAGGCGCUGGAGAGGGCGAUGCUGGCUGCUGAGAGGGAGAAGCGCGGGCUGGCGAGCCAUGCUGCGGUGCUGAGUGAGAAGGCGCGGGAGUGCGACCGCAUGCGCCUGCAGCAGCAGGCUGACCUGCUCGUGCAAGGCGUGGCUGCCGCCGCUGCUGCUGCUGGCGCUGCUGCUGAUGGGGACGCAGGUGAGGGAGAGGCAGGUGGUGAGGAGGGAACGGGUGCUGCACCUGGGGCGGGAGGAGGUGCGGCGAGUGGUAGGCUGGUGGAUAGGAAGCAGGCGGAGCAAUUCUUGGAGUCUCUGCACUGCAAGGUGGAGGAGCUGGAGAGGCAGGUGGAGGAGGGUGCAGUGCUGGCCGCACAGCUAGAGGAUGCCAGGGCAGAGAUCGCUGCAAAGCAGGCGGAACUAGCAGCAAAGCAGGCCGAGGUGGCGGCGAAGCAGGCGGAGGUGGAGGAGAGGGAGCGGCGGAUCAAGGACCUGGAGGCAUGCAUAGCAGAGGUGCAGGUCGAAGCAGAGAGGCAGAAGGCGGAGUGGCGGCUGAAGCAGGAGGCGGCGGAAGAGGUGGUAGCAGCAAAGAUGGAAGGGCAGGCAGCAGCAGAGCGGCGCAUAGGGGAGAUGCGCGUGCAGGUGGUGGAGUUAGAGGCAGAGGUGGAGAGGCUGCAGGUGGAGGCUGCUGCUGCCACGGCUGCUGCCGAGGCGGCUGCGGCAGCGGCAGAAGCGGCAGCUGCGGCACUGCAGCAGCAGCAGAAUGGGAAUCUUGCGGCGCUGCUGGGUGCUGCUUCCAGUGCUGCGGCUGCUGCUGCCGCGUCUGGCAAGGGUAGCACUGGUGCUGCUGUUGGGAGCAGCAGUAGUGGCAGUGGUUCAGGAGGCAGCCCGAGCUACAGCAGCAGUAGCAACAGCGCCAGCACUGUGCGACGGAAGGCGAGCAAGGAGCCAGCGUCCCCGUCACUGCCUGCGCCUGAUCGCACCACUGUGACACGCAAGGUGGUGGUGGUGCGUCGUGUGCAGUCGAACCGCGAUUCGGCUGGCUCCACCACCACCACCACCACCUCUUCCUCCUCUUCAGCACCCAGGCUGCCCUCUCCCUCAUCCACCCCUGCCUCCUCCCUCCCCUCCACUCCCCGCAUUUCCAAGUCUGCCUCGACUUCCUCCGCUCGCCCUGCCAGUCCCCGUGCUGCUAGCCCCAGUAACAUCCCCACCCCCAGUGCUGCUUCUGCUGCUCCUGCUAGCACGGCAGCAGGUGACAAGGGGGGUGACAAGGGUGCAGAGGGACCUCCAGCAGCAAGGGGUGGCAGCCCUCGCAGUGGCAUUCGCCCUCCCAGUGUUGUGGUCUCAGGCAAGACCAGAGCUGCAGGCACCACCGGCACCAACAUUCCAUCGGUGUCAGCUGCAACCAGUGAGGCCGCACCUCUUGCUUCUCCCAUGCUAACCCCCUGUUCCCUCCCUUCUAGCCCCCUUGCUUCUCCCAUGCUAACCCUCUGUUCCCUCCCUGUCAGAGGUCCACUGCCCCCUUGCUUCUCCCAUGCUAACCCCCUGUUCCCUCCCUCGUUCAAUCUCCUCACUUGCACCCUUCCUCUCUUCCGCACUUCCCCCUUUCCUAUGUGUCCUGCCUUUCCUCCCUUGCUUCCCCUCAUUUCCUCCCGUGCUUCCCCUCAUUUCCUCCCGUGCUUCCCCUCAUUUCCUCCCGUGCUUCCCCUCAUUUCCUCCCUUGCUUCCCCUCAUUUCCUCCCGUGCUUCCCCUCAUUUCCUCCCAUGCUUCCCCUUAUUUCCUCCCGUGCUUCCCCUCAUUUCCCUCCCUGCUUCCCCUUAUUCCCCUCCCUGCUUCCCCUCAUUUCCCCCACUGCUGCCCCUCAUUUCCCUCCCUGCUUCUCAUCAUUUCCCUCCCUGCUUCUCACCAUGUCCCUCCCUGCUUCUCAUCAUGUCCCUCCCUGCUUCUCAUCAUUUCCUUCCCUGCUCUCCCAUAUCUCCUAUAUCUCCCCUGUUCGACCUUUUUCUUGUUCCCCCUCCCAGUCCCUCGUAUUGUCCCCCUCUCCCUCGCUGUUGCAGUGA